GUCAAUGUUGCCAAACUGUUGUUAAGCUUAGGUGCAGACAUAACAACAAAGGAUGUCAAUGGAAAUACAGUUCUGCACUCUGUGUGUCAGUCUGAUCAAGAGAAAUUACUUCAGCUGUUUCUUCAUUAUAUUUGGGUGGAAACAGACAAUGGAUAUCAUGAUCAAGCACAGGAACACUUUUGUAAUCGUAGGUAUGCUGGUGAUGUUCUUCAUCUUCUUAACAAUGAUGUGAAACACCCCUUCAUGUUGCAUGUAGAAAUAAACGUGCAGAAGUUGUUAAAUUACUGCUUCAGUACAAGGCUUCUGUAUUCAUGACUGAUAAAAAUGGACACACACCUCUCUAUCAUGCAGUGAAACUAAAAACAUUAUUCAGUGUUCUUUGUUCAGUGACAUGGGACAUAAAUGGGAUGGAUUCUGACGGAAAUACCAUUCUGCAUAUGGCAUGCAUGAAAGGCUGUUUGGAAAGUGUUGGUGUACUUUGUAGCAGAGGAGCAAGUGUGGUUGUUUGCAACAAGAACCACGAAUAUGCACUUCAUAAGUCAGCAGAGAAUGGAAAUGCAGAAAUUAUGAACAUUCUUUUAGCUCACCAAGCUGAUGUAAAUGUGACUGACAGGGACAAGCAGACCCCACUACAUAUUGCAUGUGCUGAGGGCCAUUUGAAAAUAGUUGAAGUCUUGAUUAAAAGUGAAGUCAAUGUAAAUGUGCCUGAUACACAUUUACUCGUUCCACUGCAUCUCGCAUGUAGAGACGGACACAGAGAUAUUGCUGAUGCUUUGAUGAAGUCAUCAGCGGACAUUGAACCAUUUUCUGGGGAAUGUCAUCAGCGCCAAACCACAUUAAACUUUUACCUGUACUUUCGGAUACAGGGCUGGACAUCAAACUGCAAGAUGAAUUUGGAAGGAGCAUUGCAAAUGUUAUGUGAAAUGGAAGACUGUGAAAUAGACACGUUAGAGAAAGUUUUAGAGUUAGGAUUUGAUUUAUCAAAGACAACUGGACUAGGGGAAUCAAUGCUUCAUGUUGUCUGCAAAGUAGGAAAUAUUGAACUGAUGAAUAACUUGAUUGGUAAAGGAAUAGAUAUCCAGACAAAAGACACCAAUGGAAAUACAGCUCUCCAUGCAGCAUGUGCUCGUGGUCAGUUUGAAAUAGCUAAAGUCCUGAUUGAGAAGGGACUUAGUUUGAAUGAAAAGAACACAAGAGCAAUGAGUCCACUUGAUCUUGCAAUCAUCAAUACGCACUAUGGAGUAACAUGUGUAUAUGACCACUGGUGUGCUGUGUCAAAGUGUCGUCCACGAAUAAGCAUGACAUCUCUCCAUCACAUUUGCCGGGACAACAAAAUACAGUUACUUUACAAUUCGGAGAUUGUUUUUGCUGAAAAAGACAGUGAUGGAAAUUCUGCUCUUCAUAUUGCCUGUAUGGAAGGAUCGGAAGAGAUAGUACAGUUAUUGAUAAUAGCUGAAGCCUGGUUGCAUGUAUUAAAUAAUCAUGGAGAGGCACCAGUGCAUAUUGCUUGCCAUGGAUCAUGUCUUAAAGCUAUGAUGGAUGCAAUUCACAACAAGGACAAGGUCAAGGUUUUGUCACUGCGUGACAAAAAUGGAAAUACUCCACUUCACCUUGUAACAUGUGAACGGAAUCUAGGAAACUUGUGCAUUCUUUUGGAUAACGAUGUUGAUGUUGAAAUGGUAAACAGCUUUCAUCAAACUGCUCUGCACAUUGCAUGCUAUGGUGGGAAUGUGAACGUAGUUGAAAAACUCUUAGGAGCUGGAGCUAGUGCUUUAGCUGUUGACAAAAGUGGUAAUACUCCUCUUCAUAUAGUAUGCAAGGAGGGGAAUCUACCAUUGUUAAAGCUAAUAAACAACACAGAUGAUGUGAUUACUUCAAAGAAUUAUGAAGGAAGAACACCUUUCCACGAAGCAGUCAGCCAUGAAAACUAUGACAUGAUCCAUUACAUAAUGACAGAAUACUGUUACUUUUCUGCCAUGGAUCUGUCCGUGCCGCAUCUACAGCAGUUUAUCAGACAAGCAGGCAGAGAAGACUUCAUGAGACUGAUGAUGGCUGAAGAGAUUGAUAUUGGCUCCCAUGGUAACACACCCUUACACAUUGCAGCAGAAACCGAGACCCUUGAAAUGGUGAGAACUUUGAUCAGACGAGGAUACAGCUGCGAUGCUAGAAAUAAGCAAGGAAAGACACCCUUGUAUAAUGCAUGUUCAAGUGGAAGUGCAAACAUAGUCAAACUGAUUUUGCAAGAAUCGUCAUCAUCUACUGUCAGUGAUUCUAACAAUAUGACACCUUUGCAUGUAGCCAGUUGGAAGGGCCACGUGGAUGUUGUGAAGCUUCUGCUGGAAUCUGACCCUGAUCUCCAGGCAAAAACCAAUGACGGACAAACAGCACUUCAUUUGUCUUGUCUGGAAGGACACAGGGAUGUUGCUGAAGUUUUAUUGAAGGCUGGAUCAGAUAUCAAUGCAUUAGACAGUGCUCUUGAUACACCUCUGCAUGUAGCUGCCAGAGCUGGUGUGUGUGAUGUGGUGGUUCUCCAGGCUAAGUGGGGAGCGAGGGACACACAGUGUAACAAGCACGGUGAUACUGCUCUUCAUGUAGCAUGUCAUGAAGGACAUGCUGAUGCUGUCAAAGCACUUCUCAACAUGGGGAGUGAUAUUCUAGCAGCAAACAAUUCAGAAAAGACCCCUCUGAUGUUAGCCUGUGAUCGACAACAUGAGUCCAUUGUGGAGUUGUUGCUUCAUCGGUCAUGGCUGCAAAUACAAGUUCAGUGUUCACAGAACCAAAAUCAGGGCUUCUUACGGAAGAAAACAUUCAUGAACAAUCUAAACUACUGCCUCCUUGUGGCUUGUACGUACAAUUACAUUAACACAGUGAAACUGUUACUUAAGUAUGAUGUUGAUAUUAAUCACAGACGUAGUGAUUCCGAUAUAGGAAACAUACGUAGAGACAGGACUGAGGGCAGUUGUGCAAGUGACAUGGACAAGGACAAGAUGGAGGGUGGUUGUACAAGUCAUGAGAACAGAGUUCAGAUGGACAGUGGGGCCGAACUUGAGACCCCGUUACAUAGCUGCUGCUAUGAAGGACAUUCUGAAUGUGUUGAGCUUCUCAUACAAGCUGGGGCACUGCUGGAACCAAGAACUGCUUUCGUAUGGAAGAAAAAGAAUUCAGGAAAGUUCACAGGAAGUUGA